AUGAAUGAUCUCUUAGAAUUGAGUGAUAUCACAAACAAUGGUAACCCGAAUGAGUCGCCGACACCGGAAGGGGUCGAAGAGAUCAAAGGUCGGGGCAAAUGGUCGAAAGGGAUCGAGUUUUUGUUGUCCUGUAUCGCUAUGUCCGUCGGCUUAGGAAAUGUUUGGCGGUUCCCACACGCAGGCGCUUUCCUAAUACCAUAUCUGUUACUAUUGUUUAUAAUCGGACGGCCCAUGUAUUACCUGGAGCUGGUGUUGGGACAGUUCAGUGGUCGCGGACCUCUCAAAGUGUGGAAAUGUGUGCCGGCUUUCAAAGGCAUCGGUUUCGCGCAACUCUUCUCCACAUCUUAUGUAAUCAUUUUCUACAACUAUUUAAUGGCGUUAACGCUAUACUACUUCGUCAUGUCGUUCAAAAACCCGCUGCCGUGGACUCAAUGCGAUCCCGAUUGGGCGCCGGGAGGUGUUUGUAGCGCCAACCAGACCGCAGACACAACCACCACAACUACCCUCAGCUCUGCGCCCGAAGUCUGGUUUAUGGGCGAUGAGGACGACCUGAAGCCCCAGAGAACGUGGGCUGAACUAUACUAUGAGCGACACGUGCUAAACCAGUCGACUGGCCUAGCUGAUAUGAAUUCAAUGAGUUGGCAACUGGUGCUGUGUCUGAUCGGCUCGUGGACAAUGGUCUACCUGAGCAUUGUUAAGGGUGUCAGCUCUAUGGGAAAGGUGGCGUACUUUACGGCUAUUUUCCCGUACGCUGUGUUGAUAGCGCUGUUGGGCGUGACGUUGAGCACCGACGGAGCGAUCGAUGGCAUCAAAUACUUCUUUACCCCCAAAUGGGAGAAACUGUUGGAACCGAUCGUUUGGUACAGAGCUGUCGAACAGUCAUUCUUCUCGCUGGCCGUCUGUUUCGGUACUCUUAUUAUGUAUUCGAGUUAUAAUGAGUUCCACAACAAUGUCUACCGGUAUUUAAAGAUCUGUUUAAUGAGGGAUUCAAUCAUUAUAGCCGUGUUGGACACGUUCACCAGCCUAUUGGCCGGUUGUGUCAUAUUCUCAAACUUAGGACAUUUGGCCAAAACUACCGGCAAAGACAUUGAUAAAGUAGUUGAAGGAGGACUGGGUCUGGCGUUUGUGGUCUAUCCGGAAGCGUUGGGCAAAAUACCGGUUGUGCCUCAACUGUGGUCAGUGUUGUUCUUCAUAAUGAUGUUUACUCUGGGAAUCGGGAGUUCUGUCUCUCAGGCGUUUGUGGUCUAUCCGGAAGCGUUGGGCAAAAUACCGGUUGUGCCUCAACUGUGGUCAGUGUUGUUCUUCAUAAUGAUGUUUACUCUGGGAAUCGGGAGUUCUGUCUCUCAGGUGGAGACCAUUCUGACGGCCAUUAAAGACGAGUUCGUGUCUUUGCACCAGAAGAAGGAGAUCCUGGCCCUCAUCGCCUGCAUUUGCUUCUGCAUCUGCGGUCUUCCCCUCACCACAGAUGUAGGCAUUAAUAGUGCCGGCACUUAUGUAAUGGAAUUGUUAGACAAUUAUGGUGUGGGAACCGCUGUAUUCUUCUACGGUAUCUGUCAAAUGGUGGCCAUCUUCUGGAUCUACGGUCUUCAGAGGUUCUGUUUUGACCUCAAAUUCAUGUUAAACAAGAGCGUAGGCUUAUACUGGAAAGUGACCUGGGGCUUAGUCGCCCCCAUCACACUCAUUGUUAUAUUCAUUUAUGGAAACGUUGAGAUCGGAAAGGCUGGCAAUCAGAAGAAAGGCAUUCCCGCCUGGGGUACAGGCAUUGGCUGGGCUUUAGCGGCCAUCGCUAUGAUACAGAUCCCACUUUGGAUGGUUAUCACGAUUGUUAAACAAAAGGGUAAUCUCCGGCAG